AUGUGCUCGAUGCACCCACCCAGCGACUGUGUAGGUGCACUCACAACUUGUCGUCAUGGACUCGGCUCAAGUCAGCGCGUGGGCGAUGCGAUUGAAGCGCUAUCCACCCGACCACAAAUCACUUGAAACACGACUCACUCGGCCUGCUGCUACAUCCUACAGAUGUCGUCGCGUCGCUGGUGCUGCUGCAGGCGUUCAAGCUCUCGCAGGUCGUCUUUCCCUCCUCCUCCUCCUCGCCAGCCUCGACCGCUCUGCUCGACUGGGACGGCCUCUUUCUCGGAUCCAAGCUGCUCAAGUGGAUCAGUUUCGACCUCGCCUUUGUCGCCUUUGUCGUAUGGCUCAGCGUACCUCGGUUCGACGCGGGGUGGAAAUUGCCGAUGCUGCUCCGGCUCGUGCUCGUCGCGAGCGAUUACAUCCUCUUUGGCCAGUGGAAGGUCAGUCUACGUAGCAUCCACACAUCGCUGCAACUGCUCACUCACCCAAACGCUUCAUGUCCACAGUUCUCGGUGUCCCUCCUGAUGCCCUCCACGGUAUCGUCGCUGCUGAGCACCACUCUCUCGACGACCGAAAAGUCGGUGCGGAUAUCCUCCGUCAUCGGCACAGACCGAUCCCAUCUCCGCGGCGAAUACACCGUCCAUAUCCUCGCCGUGUCGUGAGUCGUACCAGCGUUCGAUCACGAAUCGAACUCUGGUGCUGAUCAGCUCAUCACGUCCCACAUCCCACAGCACGGCCCAUCUUGAUACCUCGUCGCUGUCCAAAUACUGCCUCACCUCCUCCUCCACCGAGACAAUACACUUGCCUCUGCGCAUCAACAACACCCUGCCCUCCAAGAUCGUCUACUCGAUCAAGAAACCCGGCUCGGACGAACCUCGUCUGGUCACGCUCACUUCGGCCGACCUCGUGCAAGCAUCACCAUCCGGGGGGCGAACGACUUCCCGCAAGCAAAUCAAGAACGACAGCGGUGCGCGCGAUGAUGACGAUGACGACGAUGAUGUCGAUGCCACAUUAGCAUCCUGGGGUGCAUUGGUUCCCUCAUCAUCUGCUUCGUCCCAAAAGGAGGGCUCAUCAGCUUCCGGCUCGGCUUCAUCGACCGAUCGGGGAGCGUCCACGACCGAGAACCUCUACUACAUCCCCAUCAAAGAGGUUGGGGAAAUCCGACUCGAAUCCGUACACGACGCCGACGGUACACCCAUCAAGAUCCGUCGUCAUCGUCUGGCUUCAGCCUUGGCUAACAACCCUUUGACGUCGCCUUUGUCGAGCCUCGCUUCCGACGAUCGCAUCAAGAUCAUCACUUGCCCACGUGCGGGAUUGCGGGGACCCAAGGAGAGUCAUAUCUGUUCGACCGAGGCUGCGUCGUGGGACUUGGGCUUGAGCGUCAAGGGAAAGCAACCGCUGAGUGUGAGGUGGUACUCGAGGGAAGGUGAGGUCGGCACCUUGACGAGCAGAAAGAUCGAGGAUGGGAUCGAAGGGAUCGUCUCCCCUUCCGAGGCACAAGAUAACGCCAUCAUCCCCGUCCCGAUGAACGUUUCGCUUACGAACGCGGCGACGAGGGGAGGCAAGACGACCUUCUUCUUGGAACGAGUUACCGACGCGACGGGGAACGAAGUUGUAUUCUCGAAUCAUCAAACAGAGGAAGGAGGAUCUCAUUCGAAGAAGAAAAGCCCUGAAAGUCGAGGGAUCCUCAAGGGAAUGUCGGACUCGAGAUCCGUGACGGUGCAUCGACCACCCGAAGUACAAUUCGUCGGAGCCUGCGGAAAAGGCGAGGACGUCAACCUGUUGCAAGGCAAGACCGCGGCGUUGAAUUUGCGAUUGACCGGCGUGGAGGCUCAGAAUGGAGCGGCGGAGGGGUGGAAGAUUGUGGUGAGGUUCACGUCGGAGCAAGGGCAUGUGAGGGAGCAGGAGAUGCCGACGACGGUCGCGCCUGUGCAACUUGCUGUAAACGAACCAGGGGUGUAUGAGAUCGUUAGCGUCAAGAGCAAGUGGUGUCAGGGGAGCGUGUUAGUGCCGAGUUCGGUGAGUCGACGGCGGUAGUUUACUGAGAAUGACCCGCAGACCUGACAGUCCCGCGAUAAUUACCACAGUGCACCGUUGUCUCGCAACCUCUCCCAUCGCUCACGACGUCGUUCAAACCCGUUCACGAUGUCUGCAAUCUCGAGGUCGGGUCGAUCGCCACGCUCCACAUGACGGGCAAAGCGCCCUUCACGAUCCACUACGAACUCGUCUCCGCCGCUGCUCCCCAUCGACCCACACGUAUGAGGUAUCGUAUCUUGCAUGCGCGCGACGAACUUCGACUCGAGCCUCCCGGUCCAGGCGAAUGGGAGUACCGCUUCCUUCGCGUCGCGGAUGCGAAUUAUCCCGAUGGGAUCGAUCUAGCGAACGACGAUCCGACUUACCGUACGAAGCAAAGGAUCGACCCGAUCAGUGAUGCGGCCUGGGUCAACCCGAGGGAAAGAAAAAUUGUCCAUUCGUGCGAAGGGGAAUCGUUGGAGGUUCAGGUGGAUCUCAAGGGGACUGCGCCUUGGGAGAUUGAGUACUCGCUUGUUGGGCAGGGAACGAAGAAGGUGGGAGCGAUCAAGACGCAGAGGUAUGCUUUCGAGGUUGCGGUGCCGAGUAGUGUUGCGAAGAGGGGUGGACAGUUUGCGAUUUCGCUUGGUACGUCGAGUGACUGUCGUCGCCGCCGGAGCUUCUACUGAUAGGAUUGUGGACCCGUGCACCCGCAGAGAGCGUCAAGGAUGCGAACGGAUGUCGACGCACGCUCAACACCGACGAUCUCAUCGUCGAUGUGCGAAGGACCAAGCCAACUGCACGCUUCCACGGCGCCGAGGGAGCUCGCUCGAUCACGAUUCGCGACAACGAGAACGCUCGCAUCCCUCUACGACUGACGGGCGAAGGACCCUGGACCGUAACGUACCGACCGCCUUCGAUUGCCUCGACUCCGAGUGUACCUAUGCAGUUCAAAUCGUCUCGACCGAACGUCGACCUUGACAUCGAGAACCCUCGACCGGGGACGUACGAGCUCUUGGGCGUGCGCGACUCGUACUGCCCUGGCGAUGUCUCGGAGACGGAUUGGUCCGUGUCGAUGAUUGAGCGGCCUUCUUUGCAAAUCGUUGAAGGGCUCAAGGGCAACACCCUCGUCAAGAAUGGUAGCAUCAUUCGCCGAGGGGUUUGCGAGAAUGUCGCCGAUUCCACCUCGAUCAGGUUCAAGGGCAAGGCCCCGUACAAGGGUGCCUACACCCUGACCAAGGGAGGACAUGCGAGCGAAAAGCUUCCUCGGACGCUGGCGUCGAUCCAGUCGACUGCGGAUCUGACCCUCUUCACUGGAGCUGCGGGCCACCACACGUACACCUUCACUGGCGUGGGCGAUUCAGUCUACUCGAAUCCGUCAGAAAGAGGACUGGUCGCACCGACGGGCGGUCGAUCGGGCGUCGUUCGCAUCGAGCAAGAUGUCUGGCCUCUACCCUCGACCAAGUUCACCCAUGGUCCCAAGCAGGGCUUUUGCGUCAAGGACAAGAUCGAGUCGCGUGGCUCGGAUGAUCUCAUCUUGCACCUUGAAGGUACACCACCUUUCAACAUCGAGAUCGAGGUCAAGGACGAGGGGCAUCGCCAUACCAAGGAGUUUGCGAUCGACCGAAUUAAUAGUCACGAUUGGCCCGUCUCGGUUCCGUUUCGAAUCGACUCGCCUUCACCGCAUACUAUCACCGUUCGAAGAGUCGUUGAUGCCCAUGGAUGCGAACGCACGCUGGCCGGGUUGGCCGACGCGUCGGUGACUUUGUCCGUCGCAGAGAUUGCGUCGAUCACUCCUGUGUUUCCCACCAUUGAUGCCUGCGUGGGCGAGACGCUCGACUACAUCGUACAAGGUGCUCCCCCCUUCACGGUCAAGUACGAGUUCGAGGGCAAGUCCCAUUCCGCGGCGUUGACGAUGAGCAAAUUCUCGCGACUCGCUAGCGCACCGGGAACGUUUAAGAUCGUCAGUGUGGGGCAUGAGAAUGAUCAGUGUCGAUCCAACGAUGUGGAUUUGUGAGUUCAGACUUCCUGCUGUUCAUCUGACAAUCCAGCGUGCGUUGCUGACGACGGCGCUUCAAUUCGCUCUCAGGUAUAAGAAGAUCCACCCGAUCCCGACGGCCUCCGUCUCGGAAGGGGACUCGAUCGUUAUUGAUAUCCGAGAAGGGGAUCAAACUGAGAUCGUGUUUAGCUUUACGGGGACACCGCCUUUCUCGUUCACGUAUUCGCGUCGACGGCCGCAGGAUCGAUCCAAGGAUAAGACCGUGUUGGAGACGCAUACUGUUGUGUGAGUUGUUCGACAUACUCGGUACGUGCCUUGGGCAACCAAGCUGACACGUCUGAGAUGGCUGCAAUGUCUUCACAGGGGUAUCACGGAACACACGUACUCCAUUUUGACGAGGCAAGAAGGGACGUGGUCCGUUUCCUACAUCGCCGAUCGUUACUGCUCUUGGCCUUUGGCUGCGAAAGCAGGAUCGUCGGAUGCGAUUGUCAAGGCUUGA